AUGACAGCGCCAGCAGUUCACGUCGGCGUUAUCCCUGUACCACACUUCGAGACCUCUCCAACGACCGUGAGCAUCGGGGGAUCAUCGCAGCGGGCAUUCGCUGCCGGGCAUGUCACGUCACGACCUUUGCGUAUUGGGCCCUCAUCUGCGCAAACCAAACCCUACCAGUCUCCAGUCUGCGUCAGCUCUCCUGCUCAGGCAAUCCGGACACUGUUGAAUCCUACCCUGGCUCAACCACGCUUCCCUGGCGACGUUCGUACGCACAGAGCCAUGCUAGAUUAA